AUGGUAGUUAAUUCUACGAUUGAAAGUCUUGUAAUUAUUAAUGCUCAUGUAAUACCAUCAACGAUGCUAAAAUUCUGUUCUGUACCAGUCAAAAUUAUUCGCAUAUCAAGUGUUGCAAAAACUUUGUAUGUGAUGACUAUACCAACCGAUUACUACAAAGUUAUUGGUUUAGUUGAAGAAAGAGUAUUUCUGGAAGUAUGUCAUGAUAAGGUUUAUCAAAGGAAAAUUUGCAGAUGCACCUACUCAAUUCGUUUAACGGAUUAUGAUGCGAUAUUUACACUGCACACAUAG